CACUUCAGUUCAGUGGCUGAGCCAAGCCCCUUCUCCCCUUCUACAGAACUCAGAAGCAAGGUCUGAGAACCCUUACCUCUCUUCGUCUGUCCGUCCGUCCGUCCGUCCGUCCGUCGCACACAGGGUCUUCCCUUCGUCCAUCGAGCCACUGCGCCCCCAUCUCCUUCUCCAAUCUUCUUCCUUCAGCAGAACUGCGAGUAGCCCUAGCCCCUCACUCAACCUCGUCUUCGUCUGCUAGCCUUCAAUUCUCGAACACCUCUCAUUCCCCAAUCGUGUGGUCGUCCUCUGGUCUUCGUCUGGUCGCCGUCGUUCGUCGUGCUCAACCGCUCUCCGGCGUCCGUCGAAGCCUGUAACUGAAAACAAUGCCAAUCUAAAGACAUGCUUUUUUCAUGUUCUCUUCAAGCCUCAAGGGAGGAUAUGGUGGGUGCGUGUCUUGUUCCCAUUUGAAGUUAAUUGUGCAGAGAGAUAUCGCAAAAGCGUGCUUUUGGACAAAUCCCCUCCAAUACCAAAGCAAAAGAAACUACGCCUUCUUCCUUGCUUGCUAUUCUCUUCUCUUUUGACACCAAUCCGAAAUUGAUUCUGAGAGCAUCUUGUCUUUUUAUCUGCAAAUUAAAGGCACCAAUGUGUUUCCCAGGUGGCGUGUAUCGACUUGCGACAUUUCAUUUGUAAAUCGUAAUCAAUCUAGCUUGGGAAAGUGAAAGUCAUGUACACUUAUGCUCAACUUUAUUAGUCCUUUCUAAGAGAUACCAACAGCUAGCAGCAAGGAUUAUAACAUUUUGAUCACAAGCCAUACAAAUAAAAGAUGCCACAGGUUGUAAAUCCCAGGCAGGAUAUUUUGCAUACCUAUUCCUCUGCCUGUUUCAGAGAGCACUUGAAGGAGCCAGCUGAUUCUAGGAUUUCCCAUGUGGUUUUCAGCUUGUUUUCAAGGCACCAUCGUGGCAAACUUUGUCUUGGUGACACAAAAGUUAAGCCUUUGAAAUUGAUGAGGCGCACAUUAUGCCCUUGUAGUAGAACAGGAGUUGUUGCAGAUGAACAUCAAGAAGACUUUCCUGAUGAAGAUGAGGACCUGUGUCCUGUUGAUUGUGUAAGGGAAUUCACGACGGAUGAAGAGUUCUGCAGGAUUCUGGACAAGGCUAAAGGAACAGGAUCUUUGGUGGUGGUAGAUUUCUACCGCACCUCUUGUGGAAGCUGCAAAUAUAUAGAGCAGGGUUUUGCCAAGUUGUGCAAGAAGGCUGGUGAUGAUGAAGCCCCGGUUAUUUUUCUAAAGCAUAAUGUAAUGGACGAGUAUGAUGAGCAAUCCGAGGUUGCAGAGCGACUAAGAAUUAGGGCUGUGCCUCUUUUCCAAUUCUACAAAGAUGGAGUCCUGUUGGAAGCAUUCCCAACCAGAGAUAAAGAAAAGAUUGUCGCAGCCAUCCUCAAGUAUUCAUCUCUUGAGCGUCAAGAUAUUUUGUGUUAACUUCAUGGGAAUAGAUCACUCAUGCAAAAUUGGUUCUACAUGACACAAGUUCUUUAAAGAUAAUUUUGUAGACCACACAUAAAAUAUUUUAGCCAUGUGAUUGUAUUUCACUUAAUUGGAACACUUGCUUAGUGCAGGGAUUCUCAAUUUCUCAUAACCCUUCAGGGGGUUUCAAUAAAUAUUUUUUUUUGUUAACCUUGUGCGUCUUGUUUGUUUAGCUCACAUGGCAUUUCGCUCCCUUUGCAUCUCAAAGGUUUCGGGCUCAACUUCUACUGACUGAAAAAAAAAAAAAUUGACCGAAACCUUUCACUGCAUAUAGAUUUAAAUAAUAGUACAGGCCUACAAUAAUUUGUGUGUAUUUUCAUUGGGAAGAAAUAUAUGUCUUAUUUACAUA